UGCUUACAGUUCAGAGCUCGCUUUACGACAUUCGGAAUCGGAGGAUAGCUCCAAAAGUAAUAACAGAGGAAACGAAAGGAAGGCAUAAGCGAUCUCCCAACACUCCACCCCACUGUGGCCAGCUCCCCAAUCAGAACCCCGAAAACAGCUCAGAAGAGAAGACUAGGAAGGAAAAAACGAAUGGAAAAGGUCGAGACUUUAACCGAAGUUAGCGGCUUUAUGUCGCUCUUCUUUCCCUGAUUUUGAUCAGUUGGUGGGUGAAGCUUGAAGAAGUGAAGGAGAGGGUUUACGAAGAAGAGGGAAAUAUGAGUGUCUGUGUAACUGUAAUGACCUUCAAUCUGCAUGAAGAUCGGGCGGCAGAGGAUGGUAGCAGUAGCCCCAAUUCAUGGGAGAAGAGGAGGGAUUUGUGUUUGAGUGUCAUUACCAGUUACUCCCCUUUCAUCCUUUGUACUCAACAAGGAGUGAAGUCACAGUUGGAGUAUCUGCAGCAAGGUUUGCCAGGUUAUGAUCAAUUUGGUGUGUCGAGAAAAGGAUUCGAGGAUAGUACUGAUGAAUACUGCACCAUCUUCUACGACAAGGAGAAGGUAGAACUACUAGAAGGAGGAACGUUUUGGUUAUCGGAGUCUCCAUCUGUCCCGGGAAGCAUAUCAUGGGGUGCUUCAGUACCGUGCAUUGCAACUUGGGCGACAUUCCAACUGAAAGGAGCUGAGCCCCCAGGGUUCUCAUUCCAGAUAGUGAACACAAACAUGGACGAAUCAAGUCCUCGUGCCAGAAGACGAAGCGCUUUGCUCACUUGGCAGCAUAUUGCGUCUCUACCUCCCAGCCUUCCAGUUGUUUACUGCGGAGGGUUCAACACUAAGAAGGAAUCAACCACAGGGCGCUUCCUUCUUGGUAGAUCAAGAGAGCAUGGAUCCAUGGGAGAUAUGAAAGACGCCUGGCCUAAUGCUCGAGUGAGGAAGAAUGUCUCUUUAAUACGCACUUACCAUGGAUUCAAAGGUAACAAGCAAGGAGCCCUUGAGUUUGUGAAGUUAAUCUUCCGAGCAUUGUGCCUUUGCUGGGACAGGCAGACACAGGACCUCCACAUAGAUUGGAUCCUCUAUAGGGGGAGGUCUCUGAUCCCAUCGUUAUGUGAAGUAGUGAGCGACAAUAUUGAUGGCUUCUACCCUUCCUCUCACUACCCUAUUUUCGCCGAGUUCAUGCUUCCUCGUUCUGUGAGACUCGUCGAACAACCACCAGCACCAGCUGCUGCAGCAGCAGCAGGUGCUGAGCAGGAAAACCAAGCUGCUUCAUGAAUGGAAAUCCAGCUGGUCUUUUCUAGUUCCAAGUUUCCUUUUCUGGUCGAUUUCAUACCGCAAUUCAUUGAUUGUUGCAAGAAUGUGUAGCUAGGUUGUUGUCUGGUCUUAUAGCAGGAUUGUCUGUUGUUCUAGGACCAAAUUGGAAACUUUCCCAACAUGUUCUACGUUGGGUUUUGGUUGGCUUAGAAGCUAUGCUGGAAAGAGACUUUGGGUAGUUUUCUUCAUAAUGAAGAUUGUGAGAUGGGAGAUGUUUUCCUCUUUCUACAAGUCUGGUUUUGAAUGUUAGUUGGGAAAUUGACUCCUGACCCUCGGUUUGUCUUGAAAGAGACUUGGAGUGGUAUGAAUUUGACAACUUUAGGAGGAAAUAUGAAGAUCCUAGUCAUCAUUGAAUUGUUGAAUUACUCCACUAAAUAAGGGAUCAUUUACGAG